AUGAAAUAAACAUGUUUUAAAUAAAUAAUAUUUUUCAUAUUACAUUUUUGUUAAAAAUAUUUACUAACAUUUUUUAUGUUAUAUAUAUAUAUGUAUUAAAUUAAAUUGUAUUAAAAUUUUAUUUUUAAUAAUAUUUACUUCAAAAAAACGAAAAAAAUUAAUAAAGUAGUUCAUUUGUGUUGGAUAGAUAUAAGAUAUAAUUGAUGUUGGAUAGAUAUAAGAAUUGAGAAAAAUGGAUAUAAAAAACGAUAAGGAAGAGUUACAAUUUGAACUACCACCCAUUUGGCCUGACAUUAGAACUGAAUUAAGGGAAUAUAUAGAAUGUUUGGACAAUCUUCCAAUGUAUCAUUUAGAUAAUACACAAUGUUAUUGGCCAAGAAAACUUGAUAUUCUAUCUUUUUUGAAUUGUGAUAUAGCACCGCUUGGUACCACAUUAAAAUUUGAUCGUGAUCCUGUUAAUGGAAUGCUUGGGAAAAUGCAUGAAGUACCUUUAAAGUCAGCAGGUGAAACUACCCGAAAUUCUAUGUCUAUGACUCGUGCACCAGGCCCACAUAGUGAUAAUAUUAGAGGAAAUACUAGUAAUAUUCCCUUUUGGCCUGGUGGUUUUGACGAACCAGAGAUAGUAAUGGAUUCAUCAAUAGAAGAGAUUGACUUUGAAAAUAAUUUAAGAACCUUAGCAAAAGGAUUCAGUGCUGGUAUAGAAUUCAAAAGUGACAAUUGUACUCCAAAAGAGGGAACAAUGACCGACACAGAACAAAUAUCGUCCGAAUCAGAGAUAAAUGAAAUUGAAAGGAUAGCAGACAAGAUUAAUCUAAUGUCUAUUAUAAAAGAAGAGCAAGAUGAAUUUAAUUUUUGGAAGACAGAAACAAAGGAAACAAAAGAAGAAAAAAGAACCAAAACUUCAGAUAUUCAGAAAGCUGCAUUGGAUGAAAUUGCUACAUUGUUAGAAGAAACAGAUAUUCCUAUUUUAAAUAUCUCGGAAAAACGUGAAGAAACUGCCAAAUCAGAAUGGGCAGAACAAUUAGAUGUGUCUGUUCCAAUAACUGAUUUUGAAAAACGUAUUCCUGAAUUAGCAAUGAGUUUUCCGUAUGAGUUAGAUACUUUCCAGAAACAAGCUAUUCUUAAAUUAGAAGAAGGAUGUAAUGUGUUUGUUGCCGCACAUACAUCGGCUGGAAAAACAACAGUAGCGGAAUAUGCUAUUGCAUUAAGCCAGAAACAUAUGACAAAAGUUAUUUAUACUUCUCCUAUAAAAGCGCUUUCAAACCAAAAAUAUCGCGAUCUUAAAAGGAAGUUUGAUAGUGUAGGACUAUUAACAGGAGAUUUACAAAUUAAUUCAAAUGCUUCUUGUCUUAUAAUAACCACGGAAAUUUUACAGUCUAUGUUAUAUUGUGCAUCAGAAAUAUUGAGAGAUUUAGAAUUUGUUAUAUUUGACGAAGUGCAUUACAUCAAUAACGACGAGCGUGGUCAUGUUUGGGAAGAAAGUGUGAUACUUUUGCCACAAACAGUUACUCUAGUAAUGUUGUCUGCAACUGUGCCCAAUCCUCUAAUAUUUGCUGAUUGGGUUGGUCGGACAAAAAAGAAAAAAACGUAUGUAAUAAGCACUUUAAAACGACCUAUACCACUGCAGCAUUAUUUAUAUACUGGAACUGACGGUAAAACAAAGGAUAACAAAUUUUUAGUUUUAGAUGAGAGCGGUCAAUUUUUUUUAGAUGGAUGGUAUAAAGCAACAACGACGCAAAAUCCGAAAAAUCAAAAUAAUAAAAAUGUUAAAAAACCAGUACAGCGACAGAUGACUCCAAAACAGGAACAAGUAUUAUGGAAUGCUUUCAUAAGUCACUUAAAAACUCAAAACAUGUUGCCUGUGGUUGUUUUUAUGUUAUCACGGAAGCGUUGCGAUAUGAGCGCUGUACUAUUAAGAAACGUUGAUCUUACAACUGAAACUGAAAAGCACACUAUUCGAACUUUCUUUCAAAACAAUAUUCGGCAUUUAAAAGGCACAGACAGAGAAUUGCCACAAGUACUUAUGAUGCAAGAAUUAUUAGAAGGUGGGAUUGGUAUCCAUCACAGUGGCAUUUUACCUAUUUUGAAAGAAAUAGUAGAAAUGCUAUUCCAAACUGGAGUUGUAAAAUUACUAUUUGCAACAGAAACAUUUGCAAUGGGUGUGAAUAUGCCAGCACGCACUGUAGUUUUUGAUUCCAUAAAAAAAUAUGAUGGUACUAAUUUUCGGAUACUUUAUCCUUCUGAAUAUGUACAAAUGGCUGGUCGAGCUGGACGUAGAGGUCAUGAUACCGCUGGAAUGGUUAUAGUCAUGUGUCGAACAUCUGUGCCACAUUUUAAUGAAUUAAAAAAUAUGAUGUGUGGACAAGCUCAAAACUUAGAAUCUAAGUUUAAAGUAACAUAUUCCAUGGUUUUAAAUCUGAGGAGAUUAAAUGAAUCUGUGACUGUUGAAGCAAUGAUGCGAAGAUCAUUUAAAGAAUCGCCAGUAGUUAAAAAUCAAAAUACUUAUAAAAUGCAGUUGCAAAAAGUAGAAAAUGAACUAUCAAAAUUACCACCUUUAACAGAUUUACAGAAAAAACUCUCUGAUUUUUAUCGAGUAGCUGUUGAGUAUCUAGAAUAUCUCAAAUAUUUAAAACCCUAUUUUUAUGAGACGCAGAAAAAAGCAGUAAAAAAUUUAACACCGGGUAGGAUAUUGUUGAUAUCAUAUGAAAAUCAUUAUAGCAAAUUAGCUCUAUUAUUGGCGAUUGUCCAAAGUAAAGGUAGUCAACAAUAUAGAAUAUUAGUUCUUAAAAAUUCUAAGACAUCAAAUCCUUCUGAGGAAAUCAUCCUAGAAAAAAGUCAAAAAGCUAGAAAGUCCGACAAAUGGUACGAUAUUGUUGCUUUAACGAAAAAAGAAAUAUUUGUGCCAGUUGGAAUUCCAUCAGAUGAAGUGUUAAAUAUAGCUGCAUGGAAUAUAUUGGAAAUAACAAAUUGUCAAAUUAAAAUAGAUUGCAACUUAGUUUUGGCAAAUUGGGAAAAAAGGCAAAUACCAAGAUUUAAAAAUGAACCUCCUAGUCAGACAUAUCAAACAGCUAUACAAGAAUUAAUGACAUUAUCUCUAAAUGCUUUUCGUGAUUCUUCUGUUCUAAAACCAUGUUUAGAAAUGAAAAUGAAUUAUGAUGUCGAUAGAAAAUUGAAUCAUUUAUUUGAUUUAAAGGAAGCUGUGGAUAAUGUAAAAUGUACAGAGAUGAUAAAUUUCGAAGAACAAUUUGAAGUUGUGUAUGAACGAAGUGAAUUGGAAAGUGAAAAAAAUAAACUACAACUAAAACUUAGUGAUGAAGGAUUAAGUUUAUAUCCUGAAUAUACAAAUGCUGUUGCACUUCUUAAAGAUUUAGGAUAUAUAGAUAAUGAUGAGAGAGUUGCAUUAAAAGGUCGAGUUGCUUUACAAAUGGGAAAUAACGAACUAUUAAUUACUGAGCUUAUUCUCAAAAAUGUGUUAACUGUACUUCAACCAGCUGAAAUAGCAGCAUUAUUAUCUACUUUAAUAUUCCAACAACGAACUGAUAUUAAACCAAAUGUAACACCAGAAUUAAAGAAGAGUUGUGAAAUAAUAAAACAAAUACAUGCCGAAUUAGAAGCUUUAGAACAGCAUUAUCAGUUAGUAACAUUACAGCCACUAAAUUUUGGUUUAGUAGAAGUAGUUUAUGAUUGGGCACAAGCGAAAUCAUUUGCCGAGAUUAUGGAGAAAACAGAUGUACAAGAAGGGAUUAUAGUACGAUGUAUUCAACAAUUAAGCGAAACAUUACGAGAUGUAAAAAAUGCAGCUACUACUAUAGGUGAUCCUGUUUUAAAAGAAAAAAUGGAAGAAGCCUCUACUGUUAUUAAAAGAGAUAUUGUUUUUACUGCAUCCUUGUAUACUCAAAAUUAAUCGUUUAACAAAAUCUAUGUAUAAUAAUUUAUUUUAAUAUGUAAAUGUGCAGAAUAUUUUUUACUUUGAUCAAUGAAAGACAUGUAUAUUUUUAUAAUUUAUAUACUAUUUAUGAAGUAUAUGUUGUCCAAAAAAUGUACAGUAUAAUAUUUCUUUACCAUAAAUGUAAAGUGCUGAGAUUCCGUUUGGUUGGUAAAAAAUAUUAUUCUAUAUUUUAUUUUCAGAUAUUACAGAGCACGCUGAUCUGUGUUAUUAAGAUUUCCUUGACCUUUAUUUGUCUCAGAAAUGCAAGUCCAUUGUCCUUCUGUAUUUUCACGCCAAAGGGAAACUUUAUUAUCUCCACCACUAACAGCUAAUAUACCUCCAGUUAAUGACCAACUAACAUUCCAAAUGACAUCAUCAAAAACAUUGAGGAUCGUUGGUGUCCAACUGGUAUAAUCAUUGGAAGUCCAUACAAUUACACGACGGUCUUGCGAACAUGAAGCUAAAGCUGCUUUGGAUGGCCCAACUGCAGGUGCCCAUGCAACAUCCCUCACCUAAUCACUAUGUGCUUCGAGUUUGUCUUCUUCAAUCCAUCUAUCACCUUCUUCUUUCCAAAUUUUAACUAAAUUAUCACAACCUCCAGUAGCUAGUCUCUUUAUUGCAUCAUUUUUUUGUGUUCCACUAGAAUCAAAACUGGGUUCUAUAGCAGGGCACCAACUUACCGCAUUGCAUCCAAUGGUAUGAGCAUUUGUAAUCUUUUGUGUAUCCCAUGUAUCUCCAUUAUUAAUAAGUAUAGACACUGAACCAUCUGAGCUGCCACAGGCUAAGAUCAAGCCAAAUUCAUGUGGUGCCCAAGCUACUGAAUUGACAGAGGAAUCAUGACCAUUAUGUUCAUAAAUCUUGNNNAAUUUUUAUAAAUUGUAACAUACCGAUCGUAACUACAAGACGCUAGAAGAUUCCCAAAUUUAGGAUGUGCCCAAGUAACCUGCCAUACAGGUCCAACAUGACCCUUAAGAUCAGCUACUAAACUUUGUGAUCCAUUUUUCAAAUCAAAGAUUUUAACCGAAUUGUCACUGGAACAAGUUGCUAACCUCAAACCGUAAUAAUCCAUUUCUGCAUCAUGAAUCAUAUCUUCAUGACCAGUGUCAACCGUAUUCAAAACAGACACCAUUUUUAACGCACUUCUGAUUCAAAUUUUUCUGACUGUAACUUAAGAAUUAUCAAAUAACAUGCAAUUACAAGGAUGUUGAAGAGGUUAUGUUGUCCAGUGUCUGUCACUUACGUGGAAGCAUGUGCGCACGCAGGCGUUAAUGUAAUUUUGCGCAACUCGUGUGUAAAUGUCAG